GAGCGCGGUCCAGCGACUCGGGCACCGAGAUGCAAAAUCCUCCUGCGCUCCUAGAGAGAACCCGGAAGCGCAGCGCAGUCCCGGAAGGCGAGGUGCUGACACACUUCCGGCCUUUGUGACUCAUUGUGUCUGUGUCGAGGCGUCGGGAGGGCCUAGGUCCGUGUGCAGCGCCCUUCGGCCGGCCUGAGCCCCAGAGUCAGCUCCCCUUUCUCGCCCAGCGCCCCCAGGCCGCUCCCGGGGCUCACGGAACAGCACCGAAACAUUUCAGCAAACAUCUCCUAAGCCAGGAAGAAGAGCCCAGACCCUAUUUGGAUCAAGUCCGCCCCCUGAGCCUGAAUGAUGACUGCAGAGUCCAGGGAAGCCACAGGUCUGUCCCCACAGGCUGCCCAGGAGAAGGAUGGGAUCGUAAUAGUGAAGGUAGAAGAGGAAGAUGAAGAAGACCAUAUGUGGGGGCAGGAUUCCAGCCUGCAGGAGACGCCUCCUCCCGACCCAGAGAUUUUCCGCCAACGGUUCAGGCACUUCUGUUACCAGAACACGUUUGGACCUCGAGAGGCUCUGAGUCGACUGAAAGAACUUUGUCAUCAGUGGCUACGACCGGAGAUCAACACCAAGGAGCAGAUCCUGGAGCUGCUGGUGCUGGAGCAGUUCCUUUCCAUCCUGCCUAAGGAGCUCCAGGUCUGGCUGCAGGAAUACCGUCCCGAUAGUGGGGAGGAGGCCGUGACCCUUCUGGAAGAUUUAGAGCUUGAUCUAUCAGGACAGCAGGUCCCAGGUCAAGUUCACGGACCUGAAAUGCUCGCAAGGGGGAUGGUGCCUCUGGAUCCAGUGCAGGAGUCCUCGAGCUUUGACCUUCAUCAUGAGGCCACCCAGUCCCAUUUUAAGCAUUCAUCUCGGAAACCUCGCCUCUUACAGUCACGCACUCUCCCUGCCACCCAUGUUCCUGCCCCUCAUCACGAGGGGAGUCCCAGAGACCAGGCGAUGGCAUCUGCACUAUUCACGGCAGAUUCCCAGGCAAUGGUGAAGAUCGAGGACAUGGCCGUGUCCCUCAUCCUGGAGGAAUGGGGAUGUCAGAACCUGGCUCGGAGGAAUCUCAAUAGGGACAACAGGCAGGAGAAUUAUGGGAACGUGUUUUCCCAGGGUUGUGAAAACAGGAAUGAGAAUGAGGAGUCAGCCUCAAAGGCUGAAAUCGCAGAAGACUCAGCGUCACGUGGGGAGACAACAGGAAGAUUCCAGAAAGAUUUUGGAGAAAAACGUGAACAGCAGGGCAGAACAGUAGAAAGGCAGCAGAGAAACCCUGAGGAAAAAACAGGAAGAGAAAAAAGAGAUUCGGGGCCAGCUACAGUCAAGGAAAAAAAACCCACCACGGGAGAGAGAGGUCCAAGGGAGAAGGGUAAAGGUUUGGGAAGAAGCUUCAGUCUGAGUUCAAACUUUAACGCCUCUGAAGAAGCUCCAACGGGAGCAAAGUCCCACAGAUGUGAUGAAUGUGGGAAAUGCUUCACGAGGAGUUCAAGCCUUAUUCGCCAUAAAAUAAUCCACACUGGAGAAAAGCCCUAUGAAUGUAGUGAGUGUGGGAAAGCCUUCAGUCUUAACUCAAACCUGGUCCUGCAUCAGAGAAUCCACACAGGAGAGAAACCUCAUGAAUGUAACGAGUGUGGCAAAGCCUUCAGUCACAGUUCAAAUCUCAUUCUCCAUCAGCGGAUCCACUCUGGAGAGAAACCCUAUGAAUGUAACGAGUGUGGGAAGGCCUUCAGCCAGAGCUCAGACCUUACUAAACAUCAGAGGAUCCACACAGGGGAGAAACCCUAUGAAUGUAGUGAAUGCGGAAAAGCUUUCAACCGAAACUCGUACCUUAUUUUGCAUCGGAGGAUUCACACCCGAGAAAAGCCCUAUAAGUGCACUAAGUGCGGCAAGGCCUUCACCCGGAGCUCGACCCUCACUCUGCAUCACAGGAUCCACACAGGAGAGAGGCGGUACAUAUGUGCCGAGUGUGGAAAAGCCUUUAGUAAUAGCUCAAAUCUCACCAAACACCGGCGAACACACACUGGGGAGAAACCGUAUGUAUGCACCAAAUGUGGGAAGGCUUUCAGCCACAGUUCAAACCUCACCCUUCAUUACAGAACACACUUGGUGGAUCGUCCCUAUGACUGUAAGUGUGGGAAAGCCUUUGGUCAGAGCUCAGACCUCCUUAAACAUCAGCGAAUGCACACCGAAGAGGCGCCGUAUCAGUGUAAAGAUUGUGGAAAAGCUUUCAGUGGUAAAGGCAGCCUCAUCCGACACUAUCGGAUACACACUGGGGAGAAACCUUACCAGUGUAACGAGUGUGGGAAGAGCUUUAGUCAGCACGCAGGUCUUAGUUCUCACCAGAGGCUCCACACUGGAGAGAAGCCAUAUAAAUGUAAGGAGUGUGGGAAAGCCUUCAACCACAGCUCAAAUUUUAAUAAACACCAUAGAAUCCAUACCGGGGAGAAACCCCAUAAGUGUGAUGAAUGUAGCAAGAGCUUUAAUCGAACUUCAGACCUUAUUCAACAUCAGAGAAUCCACACUGGGGAGAAACCCUAUGAAUGUAGUGAGUGUGGGAAGGCCUUCAGUCAGAGCUCACAUCUUAUUCAGCAUCAGAGAAUCCACACUGGAGAGAAACCUUACGAAUGUAACGAUUGUGGGAAGACCUUCAGUUGUAGCUCUGCCCUCAUUCUACAUCGGAGGAUCCACACUGGGGAGAAGCCCUAUGAAUGUAGUGAAUGUGGGAAAACCUUCAGCUGGAGCUCCACCCUUACUCAUCAUCAGAGAAUCCACACUGGAGAGAAACCAUAUGCUUGUAAUGAAUGUGGGAAGGCCUUCAGCAGGAGCUCCACCCUUAUCCAUCACCAGAGAAUCCACACUGGAGAGAAGCCCUAUGAAUGUAACGAGUGUGGGAAGGCCUUCAGCCAGAGCUCCCACCUCUAUCAGCACCAGAGAAUCCACACUGGAGAGAAGCCCUAUGAAUGUAUGGAAUGUGGAGGAAAGUUUACUUACAGUUCAGGCCUUAUUCAGCAUCAAAGAAUCCACACGGGGGAGAAUCCCUAUGAAUGUAGUGAGUGUGGGAAGGCCUUUAGGUAUAGCUCAGCUCUUGUUCGCCACCAGAGAAUUCACACUGGAGAGAAGCCUUUGAAUGUAAUGGGAAUGAGCAAAAGUUCUCUCAGAGUCACUGCUGAAUUAAAUAUCAGAGAGUCUACAUGAGAGAGCGCCACACACCUGUUUUCCUCACUUCCUCUGCGUCUAAAGAGUUCCUGCCUUACUAUCUAAGUAUGAACAUCUUAGAAUGUGUCCCUUCCGACUCAAACCUUUCACUUUAGAGAACGGGGCAGAUCGGGGAAAUCAUGCUGGCGCAUCCUCAUGGUGAGCCACCAGGUCAGUUUCCCCAGGAAUCACACCAGGAAGCAAGCAGCAGGUUAAGUGCUGGGAAUACGAGGGAAGCUCUGGGACCAGUCACCUUCCAUUUUGGAAGGGAGUUUGCACUAGACCAUUUCUCUCACACCAGAGGAGCCUUUCUUUCCAAGGUGGGGAAUGGAAGCACAGUAGGAAUAAAAUUCCAAGGAUUCCUCCGUUGGAGUCAGUAUACUCAGCACAGAAGGCAGUGGAAGGAAUGUUCUGAGUCCUGCUAUUUGCUAAGAAGGGCACAUGGAGGCUCUCUUUCAAAGCCCCUGUUCCUAAUCCAGCUUUAAAUUUUGAUAAGGAAUGUGCUGUUUGUUGUUGUCGUUGUUCCAUGACUUCAUUAAUUAUGGAAAUUUGGGGCUGAGGGAUUAGUUAUUUUAUUGGGGGGACCCCACGAGGUUUUCUGUGCUCUCUGUAUUUUGGGGGGCUCUUGGAGCUGCAAGCCCGUUUCCAAGAGCAGUGAGGCAGUUUUGUUGGAGAACUUGUCUUUCCCUAUUGUGAUAGGUCUGAUUGGGAAAUCCAUCCGAUAAUCGGUAAGGCUCACAGGGAGAGGAUCAAAAGCAUUUAGCAUUGGCCUGCUUCCCGUCCUCCUCUCUCCCUGUUCCUCUCCCCACUCCUGCGUUGCAAAGUGAUUUAAUCCAAACCCCCAGUUGCUAAGAAUAGAAUGCUUUUAAGGAGCUUGCUCAGCCAGCUUGCCGUGCCCUCUGACACCUACGACCUAUGCCCUCUGGCCCCAGCAGCUGGACCUCUCAUGACCUCACCUCUGACUUCAGCAGCCAAGUGUGAAUGCAAAGAAAGAGCAAAGCCCAGAGAAGGGAGUCUCUGGCCUGACGCGGCUGCCGGGCUCCUUGCUGGGUUAGGAUGGAGCUCGAGUUUUCCCAGCUGAAGGGAUGAUCUUUCGUUAUCUUUUUCCAAUCCUGCUCAUCCUGUAGCAUAAAUGAAGUGCACUAUUAAACAGAAUAGUUUUUUUAGAA